AUGUAUUUGGAGGCCGCAAUCCUGUCGUGCUAUGGUUAUCACGGCCAGGCACGGGCUCGUCCAAGAUCCACAUGUCAGAUGCAGACACGCUUGAAGCACCUGCACUCGCGAGGCAAGGACCAGUACGCGCAACGGGAUCUACUUCAUGGAUACAUGUUUGACGCAUGGUCUGGAAGGAAGUGUGCGGACCAGUUUCUGGAACUCAACGCCAAGUGGCCAUUGAAUACUGACGCGUACCUCAAGCUCUUGACAGGACUCGGUCUUGGCAAUCAACUUUUGGCCACAUUGCUGACUGUCACUCAUAAGGAAAGCAUGCGCCUGGUUGGAUUGAUCUUAGAGUCUUCAGAGGUCACAACCGAGCUGUUUAGAGGUCUGUUUAUCUGGACCGUGGACCAGAUCGACGCUCAUUACAGGAAAAAACAGGCUCCACCACACCCACAAGAGGCUUCCAAGAAUCCAGGAGAGUUUAUACGUAUGUGGACAGAUCGAGCCAAGGAGUGUGAGAGCAUCCGCCGCCUUUUUCGUGUCUCGUUCAAAAAUAUUCUCCACCAACUCAUAUUGCGGCAGAACCGACGGCAGAGAGGCGGUAUCAGUUACUGGGGUCUAGGCGACAAGGAUCAGAUCGAUGCGGUUCAAUCAGGAGUUGCGGACGAAAUCAUUCAAGGACUUUUGGCGGAUAUUAUCGCCAUUCUGGUGGAGCACCCUAUCCAAGGAGGAGUGGGUCAGUUCGGACAGGAGAUAUAUGGGGACUUGAGAAGGUGGGACCAGCUGUUUACCGGAGGAUCUGGCUCUAAACUCUCAGAGCUACUUUCGUCAGUUGAAAGGUCACCAAAACGCAGGAAGCACGAGGUACCUAUCCAUCAUCACGCCAACGAUGUCUGA